UACAGGUGUGAGCCACUGGCUGGCUCUUUUUUUCUCAUACAUAAUAGUUUGUGCUGCCUUUCUUCAGGUCCCUUGGGACUAAUUUAGUGAAUUCAUUAGUGUUUUCUCCCAGAGAUACCUUCCAGUUCCAUCAUAAAGAGGUUUAAAGAAGCUGGGGAGCCUAGCCUAUAAGCCUAGGAUUUGUCCCCUGCUUAAGUAUGUGGCUGCUAUAGGAUACAUAAGUUGGUAAAGCUCUGCAGUUGCUGGUUCUCACUGUUGGAACUUGAGAAAGGAAGACAAUUAUGCCAUCAUUUUACUGUUGGGGAAACUGAGAUCCAUUCCACAGGGAAAUGACUUGCUUGAGGCCAUUCAUUCAGUCUGGAGAGUAGAGGUAUGGGGCCAAGAAUAGAGCCCAGUUCUUGAAGCAAUAAACCAGUAUUGCCUGACCAGCCACUGUUUCUCAGCCUGUCUUUCCUGGGUGCUGGCUUGUCUUCUCUUUAUGUGGACAGACGCUUGCAUUGUACCCAAUAUAUGCCUAAGAAACUAUAGAGAAAUUCAGCAACAUGGAGAAUUGGACAGAGAGAAAGAGAUGGAUAUGCAGUGGAGGUCUUCUUUCUGUUAUCCACCAAGAAAUGAAUGGAAACAGCAAAGCAGAGCAGAUAGCUCAGAGUCAGCAGCAACUGUUAGAAGCAGAGGGAUUUAUGCUGGGAGCCCUGGCUACACGAGUGGAUAGGAAACCCUUUGUCACCAAGGCUGUGGGGCUGAAAAUUGAAGGAAGGAUGUUAGGCAGAUGUGACGGGUCUAGGAUGCAGUUACAGCCCCCUGGCUCAUUGUCCAAAGGAAAUGGAUCUCUCCUGUGGAAAGAGAGUGGAAACUGAGCAAGUGAGUCGAGUGGUUGACAUCAUCAGGCUGAGCAUUGGAUUACAACAAAUGGGGACUUGCCAGAGACAUGGGAAACACCCACUAAAACCUCGAAGUGCUUUUCAUUUAGGCGACACUGGGAAAGAGGAAGGGCAAGAGGGACUCCUGCGUACACCUCAGGUCUGGACUGUUCACCUUAAAACGUUGCUGAAUUCUACCUUCACUUCUGCCCAGAAUCUCUGGACUUGGAGGAAACUUGGCUCUUGCCCAAGGAGCAAUGCAACAGGCAUGAUGGAGGUCGAGUCCUCCUACUCGGACUUCAUCUCCUGUGACCGGACAGGCCGUCGGAAUGCAGUCCCUGACAUCCAAGGCGACUCAGAGGCCGUGAGCGUGCGGAAGCUGGCUGGAGACAUGGGCGAGCUGGCGCUUGAGGGGGCAGAAGGACAGGCGGAAGCAAGCACCUCUGACAAGGAGGCCAGCAGCCAGCCCGAGAGCUGUGAUGGGACCACCUCGUCUUGAGCCUGCCUUUGUCCGUGGAGGCUGGAAGAAAGACCUGCUGUCCCCCUCCCUGCAGAACAGGCGCCCUGGUACUGGCCCAGCAGCCUCCCCUCUGAGCCCAUGUGCCAGGCCAAACUGUGAGGCCCCUUCUCGGAAAGCCCUCUGCCCAACCCACAGGCUCCCAUGCCCACCACCCUCUCACCAUGCCCAGGUACACUUUAAAGACACUGUAACCACAGGAUGUUAUUUAUUCAGUGGGGCAGGGCUCGGGUCAGGUCCUGUCGGCCAGGUGAGCAGCCAGGCCGUUUUCCCUCUGUGGGCGGUCUGGAUGGGACAGACCACGUCCCACACUGCCCCUCCUUUCCAGCCCCAGCCUUCUGGGCCAAGACCUCCUUAGCCCUUUUUUAAGAAACUCUUUUAAACUUUUUUAAAAACUUCAAACCUUUCUUCAGCAGAGGGAGGGAGCUGACAAUCAAUUCCUUUUUGUUCUAGAAGCUGUUUCAAGCUGGGUUCUGACCAUCUAUGCAGCUCUGAGGCUCCCUCACGGAGCUUCUCAGGUCUGUUGUUAGGGAAAAGAUUUGGGAUCAAAGCUAACUGACCGAUUCUUUGCCCUUUCUAUCAAGAUAAGUGACACUUAGGCCCUGAGAAAUAAAUGCUGAUUUGUGUGA